UCUACACAAUUAUUUGACAGUUAUACGGAAACAAUUGUAUCUGAGAAGUUACAUAUCUCUCUAAUUCGCUAUAUUUGGACGAAAAUUUCAGUUUACAUAGGCAUAUCAGAUUCAAAGUUGGAAGGAAAGUUAUCAUGAGCACAGUUGUACCAAAAGAUACUUACGUAAUGAGUUAUGGAGUUUUUUACCUUUUAGGAAUAAUGCUUGUAGUACCUCACUUUUUUUAUUUGAAUGCAUUUGAUUUUUGGAUGUACAGAUUUGAUGAAAACCGUAUUAAUAACCGUAAGAAUAUGAAUUCGUCGUUAAUUACACUGGGAAACAAAUUCUCAAUGACACCGUUCAAUAAGGAUAUUGUUCUUAGACCAGCAAAAAUAAUUCUUUUUCGCUCGUUUGAAGAAGAUAUUAAAGUCAACUCAGAUACUGGAUCAACAGAUCGAAAUAGAUUCCAAGUGAACGUUACGUCAGCAUUAUCUCUCAAUUUUCAGACUUUGAUGCUGCUUUGUCUGAUAUUCUUUCUUAUGUAUUGUAAAAAGCUACCUCCUCCCGAGAGAAGACUAACCUGCUGUCUGUGUUCUAUAUCAAUAAUUUUUUCUUUUUCUAUCAUCAUUACGCAGAUCCGAGCCACGAGUAGGCCUCCAGUGCUUUUUUCAAUAACGAUGGUCGUUACAACUAUUUUGAAUUGUCUAUCUGGAACUGCGAUGGCUACCCUCUAUGAAUUAAUAACUGAGUUCCCUACAAAGUGUUUAAUCUACCUCCAGUGCGGUCAAUGUAUUUGCGGAAUAUUGGCUGGAAUUUUACGGAUAGCUCUUAUACCCACAUGUAUGAGGCAAGAUCAGAUUACAGCUAUUUAUUUUUCUUUUGGAUCUUUUAUCAUGAUUUCUGUAACAAUUUAUUAUUGUUAUGUGGUGAAGACUUCAAAAUUUUUUAUUUACAGUAUUAGUCAAAUGGGUGAGCAACAGGAUGAGAGACUACUCAAACGAGUCAAAUUAAAAAAAGUAUUAAACAAGGGAAAAUGGUUUUAUGCUGCAAUAUUCUUCGCAUAUGGUACUACUCACGCAGUGAAUCCAGGGUUAUUGAUACUAGUUCUUCCGACAAUUGCAGAUAGCUAUUGGAAAAAAAUUUACUUCGUUCCUGUUAUAACAUUACUGGGUUUUCAUGGAUUUCUUCUUCUGGGACGUGAAUUAUCUAGGUUAAUUAAAACUCCAAAAAAUGGGUUAAUACUUUUUAUAUUUUCUGUGCUACGAAUAAUUUUCGUUCCACUGUUUAUAUUUUGCAAUGCUCGUCCAAGAAAAGGUCUUCCAGUUUAUUUCGAGGACAACGACUAUAUUAUAAUCAUGGCUGUGUUUGGUAUCACGGAGGGUAUAUUAGUAAUCAAGUCAUUACUAGCCAUGUUACCAUUAUUCGAAGGUGAUGAAAGAAAGGCAGCUAUGAUAUUUGUACCACUGGUUUCAGCAUCUGCUCUUACAGCUGGCUCUAUGAUAAAUGUUUUGAUAACCAAUAUGAUAUAAAUGUAGAAUUUAGUAUAUUAUACGAUUAUACAGCAAA